UCGCGAUUUGAUUGACGCUCAGUUGAUCGGAGCCUCUCGAACGUGUCGCUGCGCGUUGAUUUCAAUUUACCGCCAUAUACUGCAAAAAAAAAAACUUAAUAUUUAUGCGUAUACUAUAUAUAGUCUGUGUGUAAAGCCAACAAAUUAAUACGUUAGUUUUUGGUUUUUUUUCUCAAAAUAUUUAAUUGAUUACGAAAAACGCGCACUAAAUUCGUGUUUUUAUUGUAACUCAGCCCACGGAUGCCUUAAAUUUACGAUGCUCAUGAUGUGAUGUUUGCCUAGAGCCCAGGCCAGGCUAACUAAAUAGCAGAAACCAUUGUCCACAAUUUACUCAGUCAAAAUGUUUCAACUGCGCUGCAACAGUUGCUGAAUGCAAAGGCCGUUACUCAACAGCAACAACCACAACAACAGCAAUAACAAAGCACAGUCAGAAAUUGUAGAAACCAGUGCUACAGGUGCUGCGAAAAAUGUAUUGCGACAAUGGAACGGAGUUGAACACGAGCACAAAUACAAGUUUACACAUCAUAAAUCGCAGCAGCGGCAAGAAUUGCAGCACAUCCUCAACAGAUUCGGGCGUCGGUUUGCUUGAUAAUGGUGCAACAUUCAAGGCGGGGCCAACGACUAAAGAUAACAGCCAGAAAACCAGCAGAAACUGUGAAGCAACAACAGAGCCAACGCAAACGGAGGCGGAAGGCAAUGCACAAAAACGUAUCAGCAUUGAGGUCGAGGCGACAGUGAAGCUCAACAAUGGAGCGUCAGCUGCCUAUCGGCCUAAGAAAUCAUCACCCGCACUCUCAAUACGCAGCACUACGAUCUCUAUUGUGUCCAUCGAUGAAAAUGCCAUCGAUUCCAGCUGCAUUGACAGCGACUCCGAGGCGGACGCAGACGAGAGCUGCACGGUGCAGAAGCUGGGCCAACAGACCACCUACCCGCCACAAAGCGCCGAACUGACGCAGCUCAACAAGGGUCUAACGGUGAUCAGUCGACAGGUGGUGCCCACUACCGGUGCCGAUGCGGGUGCCACGCCCACGGCGCCUGAUGUGGUGGCCAGGCAGUUGCUCAAUGGCAAUCUAAGUCUGGCCACACCAACAACGCCAGCCUCGACACAACAAAUUGGCAGUAUUGCGUUGACCAACACCACAGACGUUACAUUCGGGGAUAAGCACUAUUACGAGGGUCCAGUAACGAUACAGCAGAUACUGAUCGAUAAUCGCGAGAAGUGGAAAACGCUGGACGGAGAGACGGGCGGUCAGGAGAAUCCCGGCUUCAAUUCGCAGGCCACGGCCAAUGGCAACGCUGCAGGUGGCAAGCUGAAUGAGUCCUGCAAGGAGCCCGUGAUGUGUCCAUUUCUGCCAAGUACAAUCGCUUCGAGGGCUGUUUUUGUAACAGCUGCCUUUGCCAUCUUGACCAUUGGCCUGCUCGUUAUAUUGGCAACGACCACAAAUCUGUUUAGCAAGACGCUAAAUAAAAGUAAGCUUGGUGAUGGCGACGACUCAAGACAAAAUAUUCCAAUCAAUUCAACAAUAGCUAUCGACGGAAGCAAACUUGUUUUGGUCAGUAUAGAUGAGUGGGAUGGCAAAAUGACGCGUCCGUCGCUGGAGCGAUUAAAACAGCCCGUGAGUCGCGUCAUUAUAGCACACACGGUAACUGAGAACUGCUAUACGCUGGAUGCUUGCUCUUAUCGCGUUCGCGCCAUGCAAGCGUAUCACAUGGAUUCAUUGGACUGGCCGCAGAUUGGCUACAAUUUUAUGGUGGGCGGCGAUGGACGCGUCUAUGUCGGUCGCGGCUGGGAUUACAUUGGAGCACAUACUAUCAAACACAACAGCGACAGCAUAGGCAUCGCCUUCAUUGGUAGCUUCGACAAGUCAGAGCCAACUCAGCUGCAGCUGCGUGGCUGCGAGCUACUGCUAGAAGAGGGCGUGCGGCUGAUGAAAUUAUCGCCAAAAUAUCAGGUCUACGGACACCGGCAGCUGCUGGCUACGCAAAGUCCGGGCGACAGGCUGUAUAACAUUAUUAGGACCUGGUCACAUUUUGCAAAGACAACUUAGACAACAACAAAUGUUAACAAACUAUAUAUAAAUGUAUUAUUGUAUUUAUAAUAAAUGAACCGAAAUAGCCUACUUUUAAAGACGUUUUAUUGGCCACGCUUACUGCAU